GAAAUGUCGAUAUUUGAUCAUUGACAGAUAACUUCUAUUGAAUCGACCUCAUCCAGACACGAGAUGGUCUGUUUCCACUGCACUAAUUUAUAAACGUUGACAAAACAGAAGCGAAGUGAGUGAAGCGAUGAUGAACUCAGGCAUGCACAAGCCACCUGUGGCCCCAAAGCCAAAGCUGGCCCAGCCCCAGAGGCCAGGGCUGUCUCCCUCAACCCCCAGAAGAGACGGCCUCUCGCUCUCGUCUCCUGGCACACCGAGGAGGCUUAAACCAGUACUGGCCCCCAAACCCUGCCUCUCCAAAGUCACCACUGCGGUGGAAUCCAAACCACUCGCUUCAAAGAGCCUGCACCAAACAUCUGUAACAGAAUCCCCACGGACCGAAGGCCUUCUUAACUCCCAAAAUGGAAUACAGCAAGAGAACAAAAAGCCAGACUGGGAUUAUAUUAUUCCUAUUUGUCUGUGUAGCCAUGAAAACUGCAUGUGCAUCAGGAACACAUCAGCAAACAAAGAGAAAAUGGAGAAAUACUUGAAAACAUUGCAUAAGGGUAAAACUGAAGAAAACAGAAAGUUUCUCCCUACAUCUCGAGGUACUGUGGAUAACAGCGGAGAGAAAAAAGACAAUAAACCUCUUCAAGAGACAUUUACUUUAGACAAAAACCUCAACACAGACAUCGGUACUGGGACUGUUAGGCCAUCCCUUCCUCACAGAACAUGGAGUGAUGAGGCAAAUGGUAACGUAAUACUUCAGAGUGCACCUGGGCGAGGACCAGAGGAAGAUGCUCUUGGCUCAGAGCAAAUAUCUUGUGCGCCCCAACCCAAACCAGUCUCAGCAGCCCCUAGGAAACCCAUCCCUGUCCCUGUCCCUGUACCACGGAAACCCAGGAUGGCUGUGCUGGACCGUCAGGAAAAGGUGGAGGAGGAGAGGGAAGAGAUUAUAAGCCCGGAAGGGAGGGAAAUGAACGUCAAAGAGGUGAAGGUGUCAUCAGAGGGGAAGGGAAGUUCAUCGCCGCCUGUCAGUAUACCUGUUCCAAUUUGUCUGUCUGCGAGAAAAGCCUGCACUGGGCCAGCCCCUCCGCCCAGGAAAAAGCCUUUCCUGUCUGCACCUGACAAAGCACCAACCUCUGCUCCUCGGACACUCCCAAAGGAUGUGGAGGAGGAAGACCUGGGUUGGGACAGCAGCAGCCAUGAGAUGGAGGUGUCGGUUGACAAGGAGGAUGGAGAGGUGGAGAAGGAGAAGGAAGGAACGCAUGAUCAGGAAGCAGUCUACACUUCUAGCAGUUCGCUCAAUCAGCCGGAGCUCAGCCAGCCUCCUGCCAUCACUGUGGCAGCAGAGGAUGGGGUGGUCAAGGUAGCUCCGAAGAAGCCCCAGAGACACAGCAGCCCGAUGGCAUGGAUGCAGAAGAAGGAAUUCUCUGAAGAGAAAGAAGAGAGGAAAUUGGGAGAUAAUGAGCAAAGAAAGACCCUUCCUAAACAAGAUUGUGUUUUGAAGGAGAGAGUAAAGAGGGAGCUGCCUUUGCCUCCAGACAAUAAAACAAGCAGAAACCUCUUAACAGCUGGAACCCUCAAGCAUUCUCGGUCCAGCCGGAGUAAACAGAAAGCCAAGUCGUUCUCUGGUGCUGACCUAAUUCGCUCUGAGGGACAGAAGAGGAACUCUUUCCGGAAACUGCUGGACCUGAAGCUCUCAGUGAAGAUGCUUCCCAAGCUGAUAGUAAAAGGAGACCAGAGCCCAGACUGCGCUGCGAAUAAUAAUGAACAAAGUGUGGACAGGGAACAAGACGGAUGUCAGAACCUCCACGAGUAUCUCAAGGCUGAACGUAAAUUCUCCUGCCCGCUGAUUGGAGUAGAGCAAAGUGUGGACGGAGAUGAGUUUUCUGCUGGAACAGAACAAUCUUUUUACUAUGAAAACAUACCUCACUAUGAGGAGAUACCAGACUACAUGAAUGUCCAUGUUGGAAGGUCAGUGACUUCAGUACCUCAGGCCUCCUUCCCGCAGCCUACAGCCUGGCAGAGCUCAAUGUAUAAUGAUGAGGAUAUUUAUGAGGAGCAGGAGCCAUAUAUGUCCUAUGAGAGUAACACUGGACACCAAAAAUGUCAGACACCAACAGAAGAUAAGAGAAGCUCUGUUGAUGAGGAGGUGGCACCCCUGGAUGAUGGCCCCUCGGAUGAAGACAUCUUGGCCAACACCUCAGAUGAGGAGGAGGAGGACGAUAACAGCUCCAUCUCAAGUAGAGGAGACCCUGAGCAGCCAGAGGAGAAUAUGACACAGAGUGGACAGAAGAAGAGUAAGAUUCACCACAUCGCCACAGAAAUUAUGAGCUCUGAGAGUGUGUUUGUUGAUGUCCUGAAGUUGCUUCAUGUUGACUUCCGUGAUGCGGUGUCCAAAGUGUCUCGUCAGAGUGGGAAACCUGUGAUUGAGGAGCGGCUUCUCAACCAGAUCCUGUACUACCUUCCACAGCUCUACGAACUCAACCAAGACCUGCUCAGAGAGCUGAAGCAGAGAGUGGCCAAAUGGGAUGAGAACGCUCAGCUAGCAGACAUUUUCCUGAAGAAAGGGCCCUAUCUGAAGAUGUACUCCACAUACAUCCGCGAGUUUGACAAGAAUGUGACUCUACUGGAAGAGCAGAGUAAGAAGAAUCCAGCAUUCAGCGCAGUGGUACGGGAAUUUGAGGCCAGUCCACGCUGUGCCAACUUGGCUCUGAAGCAUUACCUCCUGAAGCCUGUUCAGAGGAUUCCACAGUAUCAGCUGUUGCUCACAGACUAUCUAAAAAACCUGGCUGAAGACUCAGGCGAUUACAAGGACACACAAGCUGCCCUUGCAAUUGUUAAAGAGGUGGCCAAUCAUGCCAACGACAUCAUGAAACAAGGGGAUAACUUCCAGAAGCUGAUCCAGGUGCAGUGCAGUCUGAACGGCCACCAUGAGAUAGUCCAACCUGGGCGGAUCUUCCUGAAAGAGGGCAUUCUGAAGAAGCUGUCCAGGAAGGUCAUGCAACCCAGAAUGUUCUUCCUGUUUAAUGACACAUUGCUGUACACCACCCCUGUUCAGUCAGGCCAGUACAAGUUCAACAACAUGUUGUCUCUGGCUGGGAUGAAGGUUAGCAAACCAACCCAAGAGGCCAGUCAGAAUGAGCUGAACAUUGAGAGUGUAGAGCGCUCCUUCAUUCUCUCGGCGAGUUCGGCCACAGAGCGAGAUGAAUGGCUUGAGGCCAUUUCCAUGGCGAUCAGUGACUACACCAGGAAGAAAAUCAGUUUUAUAUCUGGCAAGCCCCUAGAAGAGUUAGAGCUGAGUGAUUGUGGUGUUGGUGCUCCUUUGGGAUCCAAAGCCCCCAUAUGGAUCCCUGACCUACGGACCACGAUGUGUAUGAUCUGCACCUGUGAGUUCACCCUAACAUGGAGGCGACACCACUGUCGUGCAUGCGGAAAGGUGGUGUGCCAGUCUUGUUCCUCCAACAAACACUGUCUUGAAUACCUAAAGAACCAGUUAGCACGAGUGUGUGACCAGUGUUUCCUUCUUCUUCAGCAGCAGAAAAGUGAACAAGCCCUAUCAGCAGCUGUAUCCCCUGGAAACAGAGCUACCUUUGCUUUCUCCAGGAAGCAUAAGAAGAUACCUGCGGCCCUCAAAGAGGUGUCAGCAAACACAGACAACUCCUCCAUGAGUGGGUAUCUGCAGAGGUCAAAGGUCAAUAAGAAGCAGGGGAAGAGGCUGUGGUUCGUCAUCAAAGACAAGGUCCUGUACACGUACGCUGCAAGUGAGGAUGUUGCAGCCUUAGAGAGUCAGCCCCUGUUGGGGUUUAUGUUGAAAGCAGAUUCAUCACAGAAGUUACAGUUUAAGCUUUACCACAAAAACACGCUUUACUACAUUUUUAAAGCUGAUGACGUCCAAACUGCACAGAGAUGGAUCGAAUCUUUCAAAGAAGCCACGGUGCUUUAAUAUCGGUUAACAGUGUGUAGCUGUUCAACAUACUUUUUUGCCCUUGCCUGAAUUUUUUUUUACCUCAGUGCUCUCUGAAUUCUGCAAAAAGUAUCUGGAGACACCAUAUUGCAUUGAAAUAAAAUCCAAAUAUAUUAUUUUAUUGCUUUUAUCAGACAUACUGUAGUUACCCUUUACAUUAUUUUAACAGCACUCCUGUGGAGAUGGGAAUUACCCAUGCUGUUUGUAUGUUAAUAUGAAUCAUUUCCACCAGGAUUUAUGCAGUUUUAGCUACAAUUUAAGAAUCAUGCUACAAUCAUCUGUAGCUAUUUUAGAUUUUUAUGUCUUGAUUUAAACAUUGUAAUUUUCUAGUAACCUGCUUGGAUCGCCGUAGCACAGAUUUGUAAAUAAAUUCCCUUUGUCAAUAGAUUUGUAAUGAAUACUGUCAUAACAUGUUGAUCCACAUUUACCAAAUAAUCUUUAGAGGUCAAAACAAAUCAUAUGGAUGUUUCUUGUUGUUUGGGAAUGAUUACUUUAUUUCACCUUAGCUUUCACCUUACAUUAUUAAGCUUGUCUGUAACUUUGAGUCUAACCCAGAGUCUUAAUGGUAUAUCAGGGGAAUAUUCACUGUACAAUAAUGUGUAUUGUACUUAACUCAAAUGGCUGUACAUAGAUUAUAUCCCUACACACUCUGUUUCCAUGAAUCUCACUUUAAAUUCUGUCACUGUAAUACAUUUUUUGUUUUACUGUGCUUUUUGUCAUGGUCAUCAUGAGUGAUGGCUGCACAUUACAAUGGUGGGAAAGCAAUGUGUUUUAAUGGUCAGCAAAUGGGGAAAUAAAUGACAUAAAUAAUUAUUGUACUGUAA